AUGAGUGCAGCGGAAGAGAUGGUCAUCAUCCUCACCGGCGCCUCACGAGGAAUCGGCCUCACAAUAGCACACCACAUCCUCUCGCAGCCCGCCCAGCACAAAGUCGUCGUCACAGCACGGACCGCCUCAGCCCUGCAAGACCUGCAGACCAAAUACGGCGCAUCCCGCGUCGAGAUUCUCGCCAGCGACGCAUCCUCGCCUUCCUUUGGCGCGUCGCUGGUGCGCGCCGCACACACCCGGUUUGGGCGUCUGGACAGCAUCAUCAUCAACCACGGCUCACUCGACCCCGUGGCGAAGGUGGGCGACACCACGGCCGAGCAGUGGCGCGAUGCGUACGCGACGAAUGUGUUCAGCGCUGUGGACCUGAUACGCGCCGCACUGCCCUCGCUGCGGGAAACGCGGGGUCGUGUCGUGGUGACGAGUAGUGGUGCUGCGACGGGUGCGUACCAGGGCUGGGCUGCGUACGGCUCGGGGAAGGCAGUGCUGAACCACGUUGUUGCCAGCCUGGGCGUCGAGGAGGCUGAUGUUGUUAGUGUGAGUGUAAGGCCGGGUGUUGUGGAUACGGAGAUGCAGCGCGCGAUUCGCGAGGAGCAUAAGAAUGCCAUGAGUGCGAGCGACCAGGCCAAGUUCCACGGCUUGCAUAGCGAGGGGAAGCUAGUGCGGCCUGAGCAGCCUGGUGGUGUGAUUGCGAAUCUGGCGCUGAGGGGAGAGAGGGCGUUGAGCGGCAAGUUUCUGAGCUGGGAUGAUGAGAGCUUGAGGGGGUACAGGACGGAUUUGUAG